CCAAUUGGGAGACGCACAUUUCCAACAAACCCCUCAUCCCUCAUUUAGCUUAAUUGUCAUCUCUCUCUCUUUGCCCUAAUUCCGAUAUAGCCCCCAAUUCUUGGGUUCUCUUCACCCUCGGCGCCCUUCUCUCUCUCACUUUCCCGGUGUUCUGCAAGCACCACCAUGAUGUGCACGCAAGGUUCUGAAAAGCAGUUGCGGUUGCGGUUGCCGUAACGGUGGCGGUGGAGCGGUUGCAGUUGUGGGGUGUAAAGGAACUUCUGAAGAUAUUUGGGAUGGUGAAGGGGAAGCUUAUAUUAAUUUGCCAAUCUGGUGGUGAGUUUGUGAAGAAUGAUGAUGGGUCCUUCACAUAUGGUGGAGGAGAAGCACAGGCAGUAAAUAUUGAUUGUGAAACACUGUUUGAUGAUCUGAAGUUAAAAUUUGCUGAAAUGUGUAAUUUGGAUUUUAAAACCAUGUCCAUCAAGUAUUUCCUCCCAAGAAACACUCGGACUCUCAUCACUUUAUCAAAUGACAAAGAUCUAAAAAGGAUGCUUAGUUUCCAUGGGAAUUCAGUAACAGCAGAUGUUUUUGUCAUGGGAAAACAAGGUUUUAACCGUGAUGACUGGAACAUAUUCAGCAGCAGGACGACGGGCAUAAAAGUAGCAGAGUCUGUGAAACAUGUUGCUCCACCCCCAGCUGCUGCUACUUCAUCGCCUGUUGAUGCUGCUAGUCCUGUUGGUUGUAAAACUGCUACACCAAAUAAGACUACUCGUGCUGCAUCAAAAAAGGCUAGUCUCGCUGCACCAAAGAAGGCUACUCGUGCUGCACCAAAGAAGGCUACUCGUGUGGCUACUGACUCUGCCUCAAAUUCUUCUGCUUAUACUGAUAGUGAUAACUCCAGUGCUGGUCCAUCCUCUCCAGUUAGUUUUGCUGCUAAGCCCAUUCCUCACAGUGCAAUUGAAGUAGAUAUGAGUGCUACCCCUGCGGAUACUGUUAAGAAGCGAAGACGCACUGCUUCUUGGAAAAUUGGUGUCAAUGGUCCAACCAUUGUUGCUGUCCCUGACGAUGAUGGGGACAAAAAAUCACGAAGAAUGAAUAGGCGACGUUUGGCGGAUGAUGAUGAUGAUGAUGACACGGAGCAGAAUAUGGAGGUUGUACCUUGGGAAGAUGAUCUUGACGCUUCUUCUCAUCUUAUCAGCUCUGAUGAUGUGUCUUUGGACAGCCUAGUUGCAUCGUGGAAGGAUGGUAUUACUGGUAUUGGUCAGGAUUUCAAGGAUGUGAGCGAGUUUCGGGAUGCGUUGCAGAAAUAUGCCAUCGCACAUCGUUUUGUGUACAAGUUAAAGAAGAAUGAAAGUAAUCGUGCAAGUGGGAUAUGCAUAGCUGAUGGCUGUUCUUGGAGGAUACAUGCAUCUUGGGUCCCAGCCGAUCAAACUUUUAGGAUUAAGAAGUUCAAUAGCUCGCACACAUGUGGAGGGGAGUCUUGGAAGUCUGCCCAUCCAACGAAGAAUUGGUUGGUGAACAUUAUCAAGGACAGGUUACGAGAGUCUCCACAUCAAAAACCGAAGGACAUAGCUAAUGGCAUUUUGAAGGACUUUGGAAUCGAAUUGAGCUAUACCCAAGUGUGGCGUGGAAUUGGAGAUGCUAGGGAGCAACUUCAGGGUUCAUACAAGGAGGCAUAUAAUCAGUUGUCUUGGUACUGUGAAAAGAUCAUAGAGACAAAUCCCGGUAGUUCUGUCAAGCUCAUAGUCAAUGAUGACAAAAGAUUUCAAUGCCUUUUUGUGUCCUUUCGUGCCUCAAUACAUGGUUUCGAAAAAGGUUGUCGUCCCCUUCUUUUCCUUGAAGCUACGUCUCUAAAAUCGAAGUAUCAGGAGGUUCUACUGACAGCAACCGCCUUGGAUGGGGACGAUGGCUUCUUCCCAGUUGCAUUUGCUAUAGUAGAUAAUGAAAAUGAUGAGAAAUGGAAUUGGUUCUUGGAGCAAUUGAAGUUUGCAUUGCCCAUUUCAGAAUCUAUAACUUUUGUUUCUGAUAGAGAGAAGGGACUAACGGAGUCUGUGCUUAAAGUAUUUGAGAAUGCUUACAAUGGUUACUCCAUGUACCACCUUUUGGAAAGCUUCAAAAAAAGCUUGAAGGGUCCGUUCCAUGGAGAUGGAAAAAAUUCCUUACCUGGCUAUUUCAUAGCUGCUGCCCAUGCUGUCCGACUCGUUGGUUUUAAAAAGUUCACCGAGCAAAUUAAGCUCGUCUCUUCUCAAGCGUACGAUUGGGUGGUGCAAAUUGAGCCAGAAUAUUGGACGACAACUGCAUUCAAGGGUGAACGCCAUAACCAAAUCACAGAGAAUGUUGCAGAGCCGUACAUCAAUUUGAUUGGUGAAGUGCGUGAAUUACCCAUAACACAGAAGAUUGAUGCACUACUAUCAAUGAUGACAGAGUUGAUAAAUACCCGUCAAAAAGAGUCAAGCGAGUGGUCUACGAAACUCACUCCAUCAAAACGGGAAAAACUACAAGAAGAAAUCGUUAGCGCUCGUGGACUUAAGGUCUUAAUCUCAUCCGAUACCAUAUUUGAGGUUCAUGAUGAUGCCAUUGCUACCCAUGUUGUGAAUCUUGGCACAUGGGACUGUACUUGCCUAGGGUGGCAAACUACAGGCUUACCUUGUCGUCAUGCUAUUGCUGUUUUCAAUUGCACACACAAGAGCGGGUAUGAUUAUUGUUCAAAGUACUUCACAGUAGAUAGCUUCCGAUCUACAUAUUCAGAGUCCAUAAACCCCGUGCCUAGCAUUGGCAAGCCAGUCGAAAAAGAAGAGGAUACCUCAGACACUGCAGAUGUGCUUCCACCUUGUCACACUCGAUCACCAAGUCAACCAAAGGCGAAAAACAAGUCAAAAGACGAGGACCAACCACAAGAAGAACCACAAGAGGAACCACAAGAACCACACGUAGAACCACAAGAGUAGUUUCUUGGAAGCAAGGCAUAAAUAAGGUACUAUUUUCUUUCUAGAUUUUUACCUCUCUUAGCUUCUUUGCUUUUUGUUGUACGGUGGCAUUGUGUACAGUUUGUGUAAUUAGGUAGUGAAGGUAGUAGUUUUUAUGUACUUAGCAUCUUGUGAAUGUGUUGUGCAGUUCUCUGCCUCAUGAAAGACUUGUGUAUUGUAGUUGAAGUUAAACUUUGUCUUGAGCUAUCUUGGUGGUUUUCCAACAGUGUCUCUCUUCAGAUCUUGAGUAAGGAGGUGUUGUUUUCA